AUGGCUGCGCCCAAAAUGUCUUGUGUUCUUGUAACUGGAGGAACAGGAUUCAUAGGAGCCCAUGUCGUGGAUAAUCUUCUGGAAAGAGGUUUGAAAGUUCGAGUGGCUAUUCGGAAUUUGAAGAAGGGCGAACUAUUGCGUGAUGCAAGACUGGAACACGCCUCUAAACUGGAUUUUGUCCAAGUCGCUGAUUUUGCCAAAGCCACUUCUUUUCAUGAAGCUGUUCGGGACGUCGAGGGGAUAAUCCACGUCGCCAGCCCGUUGAAUUUCGGCGUACAAGACAACGAGAAAGACUUCAUAUUACCAGCCAUCAAUGGCGUGAAAUCAAUUCUGGAGGCCACUGCCCAAGCACCUCAAGUUCGACGGGUCGUCAUCACGUCUUCUUUCGGGGCGGUGAUCAACGCUGACAGAAAGGCACCGCCACGCUUCACUUACACUGCAGCAGACUGGAACCCGUUGAGUUAUGAGGAAGCUGCCGACAACAAAUCUCCUCAAAUUGUGGCCUACCGUGGUUCGAAAAAAUUUGCCGAAUUAGCUGCAUGGGAGUUUGUCCAAAGAGAGAAGGUCAACUUCGAUAUGGUCACUUUAUGUCCCCCAAUGGUUUUUGGGCCAAUUGUGCAUCCGGUGGCCAGGAUGGACGAGCUGAAUGACAGUGCUGCCAGACUGUGGGAGGUAGCCUCCGGAUCAAAUCCCAUGCCCGUGGCGAGGGUUCCGUUUUGGAUUGAUGUGAGGGAUUUGGCCCAAGCACACGUCGAAGCACUCUUGAGACCUGGGAUAGGCAACAAACGGUUCACGGUAGCGUCACCAGAAAGGUUCUCCUACCAGAAGGCGGCCGAGAUCAUCAUGAGUGAGUUUGACUGGGGCAAAUCACGAGUGUGUCAAUCAGGAGGCAAACAAGAGAUCGAUGACUCCCACGAUUUGGAUGGGGAAACAGCAGCGAAAGAACUAGGGCUCACAUAUCGAUCUUUUCGAGAGUCUGUGGUCGACUUUGUCACUCAAGCGACAAAGCUUGAAGAGAUGCAAAAAUCACAAGCACAGGAACCGGCAGAGGCAUAA